CGUCAAAGUGUGAUGGAAGAGAGCGUGUCCCCUAUAUGUAGCGUCCGUGUGCCAUGGACGGCCUACCCGCGAGCGCAUUACUUUCGGAAACAUUUUAAUGACGUUCACGACAGGCUCCGACGGAUUCUGGCAUGAUAGAUUAUAACAGUAGAUUUCAACGUGUAUUGAAUACGAUACGAAAAGUGAUUUAUAGACAAAUAUGGAAUAUCGUAAAUAAUCAUUUAAGUGUUUUAUUACAACACUGAUAAAAUGGACGUCUAUCACCAAGAAACACAAUUCUGGCCUUUACGUUUCUACCCGAGGCCGGAAUAUUUCCACAGUCGCUUAAAGGAUAUUUGUCCAAGAUUCAAGAGAUUAACAGGUGCUUUUCCAAAAUGUUUUCAUGGCAUCACAUACAGUCAGACAUUGGAGAGGUUGCAAUCACUGAUGACCAUGUUUGAUGAAAACAUCAAGUUUACCCUGCACGGAAAGUUACUUCCACGCUGCGAAGACUUUCUUUACCACAACUCUGGAACUGAUAUUACAAUUCACCAAGAGCAUUGCACGGUUGAAAACCUAAAUGCAUCUGGGUAUGAAGUCAAAAUAUGUUACGCUGAUAUAAAGUCCAUUUCUGUGUUCAUUUCUAAAGUGUCGCUGUGAGUGAGAAUGACUUUCUAGGACUUAGAUGAAAUCCUCGAUGAGCUCAAAGAAGUUCCGGAACAAAAAACAUGUCGAUAUUUUUAGUGUUUGAUUCGGAUCUAACUGAGAUUGAAAAGAAUAUCGUUUUGAGUCAACUUGAAGAUGUUGAAACUAAAGGCAACAAAGUUCAGGUUUCUCAAAGAAAGGAAUUGAUGUUUCAAAUAUCGAUGACUUUGGAAACAAUUCUGGUGAAAGGUUUCAGUUUACUUCAAGAGUUUCUUGUAAACUUUAUUCGAAAUGACCAAGGUAUACAAGCUGAUGAUACAAUUAAGAAAUUUGUAGAGGAAAGUAAUAUUACUGUUGUCUUGGCAACUUAUUUACGGGACGCUUUGGGACCUGUUGAUCAUUCUGUUACUGAAAAAGAUAUGGAAAUUGAUUGCAAUACGGGAGUCGAUUUGGAGUUAGAAGCUGAAACAAUGGAGGACAUUUAUGGAAACACAUACAAGCGUUUUGCAUACUGCCUCUUCUAUCCUUUUCUGUCCGCCAAGUAUGGAUUGUCAACUGAAACGGUUAAGCAUAUUUCAGAAGAAUUCAGUUUCGAAAAAAAGUUUGUUGAGACACUAAGGGAACGAUUGAGGAAAAAAAUCAUUCAUUGCAUAAGCCUUGGUGACGACAUCUUCAUGAAAGAUGGACUAAAGUAUGUCAAACAGUUGGCAAAUAUUACUUUGAGUCAACAAUAUGAAAGAAUUAUUGACUUAGAAAAAAUAACAACUACUGCAAGGAAUUUGUUUUCUGCUUUAGAAAAGCUUUUGUUCGAAGUGGAAAGUUGCUUGCAAAAAACAAUAAUAGGAGAGGUUCAAAUCUCAAGAAGAGUCCCAACAAUUCUACCGCUAAUGAAGAAAGAGCUAUUUAGGAUCGAUCAUGUGCUUAUGGUUGGAACCGUUUAUGAUAAAAUCGCCAUAUAUGUCGAUGUCAAAAGCACACGCGAUACCACACCUCCGGAUGUCAACACAAAUAAGCUGAAUGAAUCUGCCGCAAUGAAUGAAAAUGUACUCGAUGAUGAAAAUGGCACACAGGCUGUUAAAACAAAGGGUUUCAACAAACGCAAACGAAAAAAGCGCUCUAUGUAUAACAAGAAACCAUUGACAACAGCGCAGCAAAUAAUGAAGGUUUUGCAGAAAUAUGAAGUAACGUUGACAUCUUCUUACGUCAUAGAAUAUGUUUCAAACAUGCUUUCUGCAUUUGCAAAUGCACAACAUAAACAGCCAGCAAAGAAUCUUUUAUUAAAACCUGCCCCGCAACCUCCAGUGUAUGGAACAGGGCAACCCAUUCAAGCUUGCGAUUUAGACGCCGAAGAUAUGUUUCGUGAAGGAACGUUAGGAUGUUUCCUAUCUUCAGGCGAAACAGUAUAUGCCAUGACUUGUGCACAUGUGCUUUUCAGAUACGACCAAAUGGAUGCAGUUUCACAGGCGUAUAUGUAUGACGCGAAGGACCCAAAUAAAUUAGUUUUGCUUGGCUUGAAUUCUCCUCUGCAUGUGAUAUUUCAGACAUCUGAUGCGAUGUUUGUUGAUUGUGCGCUUAGCCAGGUGAAUGAUGAUAUGAAACAAAAUGUCAAUAAAAAACUUAGAGACACUACAAACAAAACACAAUCUUCUGAGUAUUACACUGGGGAUAGAAAGUGCCUCCUUGGGGAACGUGUUUAUAAAUAUGGGGCUAGAACAGGCCUCACUCACGGGACAAUAGAUUCUAUAAACCUUACCCCAAAGUCAUGCGUUGAUGGAACAGAUAAUGAUUAUCUGGUUUGGAUUGAAAGUGCAACAGAUACUACUCUUCCUGAAGGAGGAUUGAUGACAGUGCAUGAAGUGGAAGGCGCUACGGCUUCUGUUGAAGGGGAAUGUUUUGCAAUGAAUGGAGAUAGUGGGGCUGUUGUUCUUAUGAAACAUUUUGAUAAGAUAUCGUUUACAACGCAAGAUAAAAGAAACACUGGCAAUCUUGUUGCAUUAUCGAUGGUGUCAUGUGGAGAUCUUAAGCUUAAAUCCGACGAAGACAAAACAUCUAAGCUCGUUCUGACAUUUCAAUUAGACAAGGCCGUCUCUCUGUUGGAAAACAAAAUGAAUGUCCAAUUAAAACUGGAGUAAAAUAAACAAAAAAUCUGACACAAAUUCAACGGGAUUUUUUUAGUAAUGCAAAGAUAAUAACAAGGAAAAAGGUACACCAGAUAAGAAAAACAUUUUAUAUUAAUAAUAUCUAUACGAUUAUCUAUUUAUCGGGGUCUAAGGUUGAAACGAUCAGGAGAAAACGAGGCCUUGUUGAGUCAUUAAGCAUACUAUAAAGAUAAAUAGAAUUUAACACCAGUUCACAUAAGACUUGUUUGAUAUCUUAACAGUUUUUUUAUUAAAACUUACAAUUAUUACUGAUAAAGUGACAUUUGCACAUUAUAUAUGUGGAGUUUUCGUAUUAUCACGUGAUAGCCAUAUCAAUGACCUUAGCAACCGAAACUGACCCACAUUGCUGUGCGUUCGUUUUCAGCUUGCUUAUUUGCAAGAAAUUGUUUAUUUUGUACGUUUAUUUUAAAGCUGCACUCUAACAGAUUGACCAUCUUAACAACUGUUUUAUUUUUUGUCUUGGAAAGAGCAAUAUUUUUCGUAAAUAUCUGCAAAACAAUGGGACAAACAUUGCUGACAAAAAAUCUGAUUGUAGAUUUUCAUAUUUCCGUAAAUAAAUAUUUUAUUAAUGUCUUAAACCGUUUAAGAAAAUUGCAUAAAACAUCAUUUUUGUACUUAAAUAUUAAAAUCUGCGAUCUUUUAUGUGAUUCAAUGGAAGAUGAAUAUCAUUUUGUUCUUAAAUAUAAAUUGUAUACUGAUAUUAAAAAAAAGCUUACAUAGAUAAAUAUUAUUAUGCAAGACCUAAUAUGCUUAAAUUUAUAGAUUUAUUCACCUCUCAAAAUACUAAAGUAAAUAAAAAAUUAUCUAUGUUUGUUUUGAAAACUUACAUAACAAUAUCAUAUGUUAAGUACAAUGUCAAAUUUUAAUGGUUAAUAUAAUGGAAUGAAUACCUUUAGAGCCGUUUAUCACACAUGAUAUAUCAUACAUUUACAUCAUGGCAGGGAUACAACACAUGUCAACCAAACCUGGCUUCAGUUUUUUUCUCUAAAACUGGUUUAAUUUCGUUGUAAUAUGAGGUAGAAAUACGGUAAAGGAAACGUAGAAGCAAGAUAUUUAGCUUGAUUUGUUUUUAUUGAAAGUAGACUGAAAAGAUUAAGCUUGCACAAAGUCAUAGCUUUGUAUUUAUAUUGAAAUCGGAAUAUUGUAUUCAACGAGAACAUUUCGAGGGAAGGCAACGCUGUCUCUUAUUUCACAUUUUGUUCUAAAUGUUUUGGCGGGGGGGGGGGGGGGUUAAAAUCAUAUGGAAUGUUAUUCAGGUAAAAAUUGCACAAGUUGUUAUGACGAAACAAACAGGGCGCUUCUUCGUUGUUUUUGUACGAGAGUACUGAAAAUGUCGAAAACUGUACUCAAAAUGAUAUUAAUCAACAUUUGAGAGACAAACAAUGAGUCAGUCACCUGUGGUCAUUAGCACUCGUUGUAAUAACGUCGAAGGCAUCUUUGACUUUGUCCAAAACAAAUGACACAUUAACUUGAUAUGACAGCACGGUUAAAACAGUAAUUACUGUAUACUCUCAAAAUCUUAUUUCACAAGGUACUCCCGCGGUAGUUCGAAAUAUUAUUGGCCAGCUGCAAUAUCCUGUCUCUUGUCCUCAUCAUCUGUCAUCGGCAUAAUUUCUUGGUUUUACUGUUGAUCCAUUUGUGGCAGUGUUAUGGGUGUAGGUUAGAAUACAUGUAAUGCUUUCAGUAGAUGGAAAACUUGCGACCCAUAUAAGUGUUGAAUUAUAUGCAGCCACAGUGGCGGCUCUACCGGGGGGGGGUCACAUAGGGCCUGUGCCCCCCCCCCCCCCCCUCGAGCGGGCCGGCAAGUAAUGUUUUUUGGGGGCAGAUCUUUAUUGAUUUUACUGUACAAAUAAGUUGUUUGGUCACAAUUUAAAUUUUAUAAAAUCAUUUGAGUAAAUAAACAACCUGGUUAUCGAGUAUAAUAUAGUACUAGUAUACAAAUUAUCGAGUAUAAUAUAGUAUACGAAACGAGAAAGUCUUUUGAAAAAUGACAUCGGAGCCCGAACAUUCGUUAAAAAAUCGGCGCCGCAUUUUACACAGAAAGCUGAACAAAAGUAGAUAAAUAUGGUUUCAGUUAUACGCGUCAGUUUACUGUUUUUAGAAUAUAUCAUAUACCAGUAAUAUGAGUUGUUCUAAACUGUUAACAUGUGCACAUUAUAUGUUUGUCAUUGCUUUUAAUAAUGUCAAUGUGUGCCAACAAGAUAUGUGUGUGCAUGGCGGUGCAUUUAACAAAAGUUUAAAUUCAAAACGUUGCCUCUAUGUAACUUUCCAUUUCGGCCUUUAUUAUCGUCUAGUUCUUUGAAUUAUGCUAGAACCUUUGUAAAUUAUUACUAAAUAAUUUAUUUGAAACCCUU